UUGUUCAUGAAGUGCCUGGUCAGGACUUAGAAGUGGACUUGUAUGAUGAAGAUCCAGAUAAAGAUGACUUCAUGGGCAGCUUGCUUAUAGGCCUAGUGGAUGUAAUGAAUGACAGAACUGUUGAUGAGUGGUUUCCCUUAAGUAAGACAACAAGCGGACACUUGCAUUUAAAACUGGAGUGGCUUUCACUACUAAAUGACCAAGAAAAGCUACAUGAGGAUAAGAAGGGUCUGUCUACAGCAAUUCUGAUAGUCUACUUGGACAGCGCCUUCAACCUUCCAAAAAACCACUUCGAAUAUUCGAAUGGUGAAUGUGGAGCAAAGAAGAUCAAAAAUAACAAGUACCUCAAGAAGAUGGAACGAGAACCUUCCUCGUUUGUCCUGCUCACAGUUGGAAACAAGACUCAGAAGAGCAAGGUGACGCUGUUCUGUUUUGCUUUCCUUAAAUACUCUAUUUUAUGGGUGACUAUUUCCAAGUAGCUUUUAGGAAGGGAAGGACUUCUUGUGAAGCUGAUGUGAAGAGCCGUAGCUAUGGUGAUGGCUGCAGAGCCUGGGAGGUGGAGGUCAGUCAGCACAUGGAACCACUGUAUCACUGAGCUGUGGUGAUUAGUUGGUGUCUGAUCAGCUGCUGUACAGAUGUGUGGCUUUGUGCUCAUUGCCACGGAGUCAUACUGGUCAAGACACUCCAGUUCUAUAAGGGUUGAAGAGGAAGAAAUGAUAGGUCCCAAAUCUGGCUCAUGCUUUCUCA